AUGGACAUAGAAGAAUUUUUAAAGGACUCUCAAAGAAAAUUAAACGAAAUCCAUAAAGACACACUAGAAAUAAAGCAGCUUUUAAAGUAUGCUUUUAAUAAAGAUAUACUAGAAGAGCCUAAAGAAAGUGAUUCGCCUCCUCUCACCCCAAUCCCAAAUUUCAAAAAAGAUUUCGUUACCAACAAUAAAUUCACAGCUGGGCUUUCCAAAAAGCUAAAAAAAUAA